UAGAAAAAAGAGUAAAAACGGAGAGCUUCCAUGAAUCCUAGAGCAAGGUGAAGAAGAAGAAGAAGAAGAAGAAGAAGGAGGAAAACCCAAAGGGCCCAACCAAGGCAUGCUUCUUAGCAGAGCUCGAGGAGGUGACCUCUCUUCCUUGGCUCUCGUACCCAACUCCUCCACCAGCUUCCUCGCUACCUUCUGUUCUAUCUCCAUGCGCAGCUCCUCUUUCUCUCUCCUCCGUUCCCUCACUCUCUCACUUUCUCACUGCCAACACCACCACUGCUACUUCCGACCCAUCUUCACCCCUCCGCUUUCCGCCGCCUCUAAAACUUUCCGGUUGCCAGCGGUUUCCUCUUCCGGUACUUUUGCCGAACAGUUGGCGAGCGGAGUCUCUGGGACGGAGGAGAAUUGGGGUUUCAGCAAUGUGGACGAAAGAGAGCCUUUUGAUUACGAAAGGAGCUUUGCGUCGACGGAUUUGAAGCAUUUGGAGUCGCCGGAGCUUGAGGUUAAGGAGCUUGAGGAGCUGCCGGAGCAGUGGCGGAGGUCCAAGUUGGCGUGGCUUUGUAAGGAAUUGCCGGCGCAUAAGCCAGCGACGCUGGUUAGGAUACUCAAUGCGCAGAAGAAAUGGGUGAGGCAAGAAGACGCCACUUACGUCGCAGUCCAUUGUAUGCGGAUUCGCGAGAACGAGGCUGGGUUUAGGGUUUACAAAUGGAUGAUGCAACAGCAUUGGUAUCGAUUUGAUUUUGCUCUUGCUACUAAGCUAGCAGAUUACAUGGGUAAGGAGCGAAAGUUCUCAAAAUGUAGGGAGAUAUUUGAUGAUAUAAUCAAUCAGGGGCGUGUUCCUAGUGAAUCAACCUUCCACAUAUUGGUUGUUGCAUAUCUUAGUACUCCAGUUCAAGGGUGCUUGGAAGAAGCAUGUAGCAUCUACAACCGAAUGAUUCAGCUGGGAGGUUAUCAGCCUCGGCUUAGCUUGCAUAAUUCUCUCUUCAGAUCUAUUAUUGGUAAACCAGGAGGGUCUUCAAAACAGUAUCUUAAACAGGCUGAGUUUAUUUUUCACAAUUUGGAAACAACUGGGCUUGAGAUACAUAAGGAUAUAUACUGUGGCCUCAUUUGGCUACAUAGCCAUCAGGAUACCGUGGAUAAAGAAAGGAUGACAGCAUUAAGGACAAUGAUGCAACAAGCUGGAAUUGAAGAGGGCAGAGAAGUGCUUGUUUCUGUCUUGAGAGCUUGCUCAAAGGAAGGAGACGUUGAGGAAGCAGAAAAAACUUGGUCCAAACUCCUGCUUCUUGAUGAUGGUCGCCCUUCUCAGGCUUUUGUUUAUAGAAUGGAGGUCCAUGCGAAGGCUGGAAAUCAUAGGAAGUCUCUGGAGAUAUUUAGAGACAUGCAGAAACAUUUGAACUCGACCAGUUAUCUGGCAUAUCAUAAGGUGAUAGAAAUUUUAUGUAGAGCUCAAGAAGUUGAACUUGCAGAAUCUGUCAUGGUAGAGUUCUUAAACAGUGGUUUGAAGCCUCUUAUGCCAUCUUAUGUUGAUUUAAUGAGUAUGUACUUUGACUUGGGCUUACAUGAUAAAGUGGAAUUAGCCUUCAUCCAGUGCCUUCAGAAAUGCCGACCCAACCGUACUAUUUAUACUAUAUACUUGGAUUCUUUAGUGAAAGGCAGUAACCUUGAAAAGGCUGAGGAGAUCUUUGACCAAAUGCAAAAUAGUGGGGCAAUUGGUGUUGAUGCUCGGUCGUGCAACAUCAUAUUAAGUGGAUAUCUGUCAUCUGGAGACUAUGUGAAGGCAGAGAAGAUAUAUGAUUUGAUGUGCCAGAAGAGAUAUGAUAUUGAAUCAGAAUUGAUGGAAAAGAUCGAUUAUGUCCUGAGCUUGAGCAGGAAAGUGGUUAAAAAACCUUUAAGCCUGAAGCUAAGUAAAGAACAACGAGAGAUCCUAGUGGGGUUGCUGUUAGGUGGUUUGAAAAUUGAAUCAGACGAAGAGAGGAAGAAUCACAUGCUCCGCUUUGAGUUCAAUGAGAAUUCUGGUUUGCAUUCCAUUUUGAAGAGGCAUAUUCAUGAUCAAUACCAUGAGUGGUUGCAUCCUUCCUGUAAGACAAAUGAUGCUAUUGAGGACAUACCAUGUAGAUUUUCUACCAUCUCGCAUUCUUAUUUUGGUUUCUACGCAGACCAGUUUUGGCCAAAAGGCCGACAAACAAUUCCGAAGUUAAUCCAUCGGUGGCUGUCACCACGUGUUCUUGCAUACUGGUAUAUGUAUGGGGGGCACAGGACUUCAUCAGGAGACAUUUUGUUGAAGCUAAAGGGAAAUCAGGAAGCUGUUGAGAAGAUUGUCAAAACCUUGAAAGCAAGGUCCCUGAAUUGCAGGGUGAAAAAGAAGGGGAGAGUGUUUUGGAUAGGCUUCUUAGGAAACAAUUCAACCUGGUUCUGGAAACUGACAGAGCCUUAUAUUAUAGACGACUUGAAAGAUUCUCUAAAAGUGGGUGGUGAAACCAUAGGAAGUAGUACAUAUGAAACUGAAAACAUUAGCUUUGAAAGUGGGUCUGAUUCUGAUGAAAAGGCUUCUGAUUACAGUGAUGAUGAUAAUAUGUAGGGCUUCUUUUUGUGUGUGUUAUAUACAGGAUCUAUUUUUGCCCUUUCAAUGGGAGUGCCGGAUCCACUGGGUCCAGGGAAGCUUAACAUGCAUCUCAACCAUUUGGAAUCUCCAUCCUGGGCAGCUUGAGUUGUACAUACUAAACACACAAAGAGUAGUCUUAGAAAUCUGGUCAGCGGCCAGUUAGAUUGGCCUCUUACAAUGUUAUUUAUUCUGCUUCCAUUGAAUGAACAAUCUGUUUCAGUCAUUUGUCGUAGUUUGGCAUACUAUGAAGUCAUGUACUUGUACGAAAGACUUGCAUCUUCAAUCGAUCAAGAAACAAAUGCAUUUUCAAUCGUA